AUGCCUGAAGAUAAACAAAAGAAAAUAAAUCAAAAAUCUGAGAGGAGGAAGCAGAAAGUGGAGGCUAGAGGUGGCGGUGAGAAGCCUGAGCAUAUGGCACAGCCUUUUCAGCCUUCUCAGCCUUCCCAACACCCAGCCCAAUCCAGCGCUAGAAGCGACUCAGGUAGCGUCUUGAGCCAUUCUCAAGCCCUUCAGAAUACCUUGGACAGCCCUCUUAAGCACCUUCACAAAGCCCCGAUCCCUUCCGUCAAGCCUGAGCAUGUGCACCCCCAAAUAUCCAGAUUAGGCGCUCUUCUUUCAAACUUCUCUAUCGUAGGCGCUAAUGCUCGCACUUUGGCUCUUAUGAGCGCACUCAAACUCGUUAUUGGCUCCUACAAUACUCCUCCCGGCACCACGCUCUCUAGGAAUCUGCUAUCGGUGAUCUCACCCCAGAUCACCCACCUCGAGAGCUGCAGGCCAAAAUCCAUUUCGAACGGAAGUGCUAUCAGAUGGCUCAAGCUUCAGAUUGCUAACAUUGAUCCCGAUAUGGAUGACAAUGACGCACGUAACCACCUCUGUAUGCUCAUAGACUACUACGUCAGAGACAGAAUAACCCUCGCUGGCGACGAAAUUAUCAAGAACACGCUCACAAAACUUUCUUCAACCACUCACUCCAACAUCCUCGUCUAUGCCCGUUCUUCUAUCAUUGAAAAGACCUUGAUAGAAGCUAAAAAAGCUGGUAAACUGUUUUCUGUUACUCUUCUCGACGCCAAGCCCCUCAACGAAGGCAAAAAUCUACUGUCCACCUUAACAGAAGCAGGUAUUGAUUGCACUUACUCUCACUUGACAGCCCUGCAGUCUUUACUCCCUAACAUCUCAUUCGCUCUCCUCGGUGCACACGCCAUACUCGCAAAUGGUUCACUCUACUCUCGCGCUGGUAACGCUUCAGUUGCGCUGCUGUCUAAAUUACAUAAUGUUCCUGUGUACACACUCGCUGAAUCCUACAAAUUUGUCGACAGGGUCAUGCUCGAUUCUAUCACCACCAAUGAGCUCGCUCCGGAGGCUUUCAAGUUGGAUAUCCAAGGUCUCGGUCCAAACGUGAGAGAAGAGUCGCUGUUGUAUGAUGUCACACCCGCUAAGUUUAUCGAUGGUGUGAUAUCUGAAGUCGGCAUCCAUCCACCAACCUCUAUCCCUGCUCUCAUGUUCCGAGGAAGGGUGUAG